UCUGGCCCCCUGACCCUUGCCCGCCUCCUCCGCUCCAGGGGCACAAGGCGCCAUGUGGGAGCCUCAGUAGUUGGCGGAGCGCUCUCCCCCACCCUCAGCGCCCCUCCGACACAGGGGUGCCCCCCUGCCCUGCCCUUCUGCUUCCCCUUCCCUCCCUCCCUCCCUCCCUCCUUCUUCGCCGCCAGCGCUGCCUCCUCUUCGGGCUGGUGGUGCGGGGGAGCGCCAUGCCCUGAGGCUGCCUCCUCCUGGGCGCGCCCCCAACCCGGCCUCCCUCCCUCCCUGCCUCCUCCCCACCCCUUUACCUGCCCCCUCCGCGGGUCCUCCUCCUCCUCCUACUCGGAGCCUCGGCGGGAGACUCGGCCGGGAAGGAUGCCAGGCGCGGCUGGGCGCCUCCACUCUCCGCUGGCUCUUCCCUGAGGAGGCGAACAGCUAUCCGCUGGCAGCCAGCCAGUCAAAAACCUCUGGGGUCUCCACUCAAGUCCCAUGGAUGGCGAGGCGUGCUGUCGUCCGAUCAUCCCUGUUGUCCCCUCCCAGCUACUAUGAGGCGGUACACGAUGGCCGUGGGCCUGCUAGUCCUGAGUACCCUUUCCUUGGCAGUUGGUACCACUAUAUGGGCCAGGAGCCACUCUCCUACAAGCGGCGUGGAGGUGUGGUGGAUCAUCGUGAUAUCAUCAUGGCCCAUCAAGCUCACAAGAUCCAUAACACACCACAGGCACAACGCAAGGAAUGGGAGAUGGCUCGGUUUGGAGAUGAGGUGCCAGCCCGCUAUGGGGCAGGAGGUCCAGGGGGAGCUGGCUCAGGAGCGGCUGGUGGCGGAGGUGGCCGGGGUGCUGGGGGCGUCCGGCAAGGUGGCCCCCCAGGGGCCCAAAGGAUAUACAAGCAGUCGAUGGCCCAGCGAGCCCGCACCAUGGCCCUCUACAACCCCAUUCCUGUCCGGCAGAGCUGCCUGACUGUCAACCGCUCCCUCUUCCUCUUCAGUGAGGACAACGUGGUGAGGAAAUACGCCAAAAAGAUCACCGAAUGGCCUCCUUUUGAAUACAUGAUUUUAGCAACCAUCAUAGCAAACUGCAUUGUCCUUGCUCUGGAGCAGCAUCUGCCUGAUGAUGACAAGACACCAAUGUCAGAACGAUUGGAUGACACAGAACCGUACUUCAUUGGAAUAUUUUGUUUCGAAGCUGGAAUUAAAAUUAUUGCCUUAGGAUUUGCUUUCCACAAAGGCUCCUACCUAAGGAAUGGCUGGAAUGUGAUGGACUUUGUGGUGGUUCUCACAGGCAUCUUGGCAACAGUCGGCACUGAAUUUGACCUGCGGACACUGCGGGCGGUUCGUGUGCUCCGGCCACUAAAGCUCGUAUCGGGAAUCCCAAGUUUACAAGUCGUUCUCAAAUCCAUCAUGAAGGCCAUGAUACCUCUGCUACAAAUUGGCCUCCUCCUAUUUUUUGCAAUCCUUAUUUUUGCAAUCAUAGGGUUAGAAUUUUAUAUGGGGAAAUUUCACACAGCCUGCAAGGAUAUUUAUACAGAUGAAAUCACACAAGAAGCUCCAUGUGGAAAGGAAUCACCAUCACGCCUCUGCCCUAAUGGGACCAAGUGUGAAGAAUACUGGGAAGGACCCAACUAUGGGAUCACGCAGUUUGAUAACAUCCUGUUUGCCGUGCUGACUGUCUUCCAGUGUAUCACCAUGGAAGGGUGGACCGACCUCCUCUAUAUUAGCAAUGAUGCCUCAGGGAGUGCUUGGAACUGGUUGUAUUUCAUCCCUCUCAUCAUCAUUGGAUCCUUUUUUAUGCUCAACCUUGUCCUGGGGGUGCUUUCUGGGGAGUUUGCCAAAGAAAGAGAGCGGGUGGAGAAUCGUCGAGCAUUUCUGAAGCUCAGAAGGCAGCAGCAGAUUGAACGUGAGCUCAAUGGCUACAUGGAGUGGAUCUCAAAAGCAGAAGAAGUGAUAUUGGCAGAGGAUGAUAUAGAAGGAGAACCUCGUCACCCCUUUGAUGUUGGAGCUCUUCGGAGGGCCACAAUUAAGAAGAGCAAGACAGACUUGCUGAACCCAGAGGAAGCAGAUGACCCGCUGGCUGACAUCUCCUCAGUGGGUUCACCCUUUGCUCGAGCCAGCAUCAAAAGUGCCAAGCUGGAAAACGCCACUUUCUUUCACAAAAAAGAACGGAGGUUGCGUUUCUAUAUCCGUCGAAUUGUCAAAACUCAGGCCUUUUACUGGACAGUCCUCAGUCUGGUAGCUCUCAACACUUUGUGUGUUGCUAUAGUACACUACGACCAGCCAGCUUGGCUAUCUAACUUCCUCUACUAUGCAGAAUUCAUUUUCUUAGGGCUCUUUAUGUCCGAAAUGUUUAUAAAAAUGUAUGGGCUCGGAACGCGGCCUUACUUUCACUCAUCCUUCAACUGCUUCGACUGUGCUGUUAUCAUUGGGAGCAUCUUUGAGGUGAUUUGGGCUGUGGUAAAGCCUGGCACCUCCUUCGGGAUCAGCGUCUUACGAGCUCUCAGGUUACUGCGCAUUUUCAAAGUCACAAAGUACUGGGCUUCCCUACGAAACCUAGUCGUAUCUCUGCUGAAUUCCAUGAAGUCCAUCAUCAGCCUCCUUUUUCUCCUCUUCCUCUUCAUAGUCGUCUUUGCCCUUUUGGGAAUGCAACUCUUUGGGGGCCAGUUUAAUUUUGAUGAAGGAACCCCUCCAACCAAUUUUGACACUUUCCCAGCAGCAAUAAUGACAGUAUUUCAGAUCUUGACUGGUGAAGACUGGAAUGAAGUAAUGUAUGAUGGUAUCCAAUCUCAGGGCGGUGUCGAUAAAGGAAUGAUGUUCUCAAUCUAUUUCAUUGUAUUGACCUUGUUUGGUAACUACACUUUGCUUAAUGUGUUCUUGGCUAUCGCUGUGGAUAAUCUGGCCAAUGCACAGGAGCUCACCAAGGAUGAACAAGAGGAGGAGGAAGCAGCCAACCAAAAACUUGCCCUUCAGAAGGCAAAGGAGGUAGCAGAAGUGAGCCCUCUGUCAGCAGCCAACAUGUCAAUUGCAGUAAAAGAACAACAAAAGAACCAAAAAGGUGGCAAAUCAGUCUGGGAGCAGCGGACAACUGAGAUGCGGAAACAGAACCUAAUGGCAAGUCGAGAGGCACUGUACAAUGAAAUGGACCCUGAGGAUCGAUGGAAAGUCACGUAUGGCCGACAAAUGCGGCCAGAUAUGAAAACCCAUUUAGACCGGCCACUAGUGGUAGAUCCUCAGGAGAAUCGAAACAACAAUACCAACAAGACACGUCCCAAUGAGCCACCCUUGGAUUCACACUUUAGACAACAACGGCCUGAAGAAUUCCUGCGAAAACCACCUCGCUACCAUGAGAAUCCACGAGAUCCCCACAUGUACGAACGCCCUAAUUCAGGAAGCUUUGAGCCACGACACCCACGGAGCAGCAAGGAAAUUGACUUCAACCAGGAAAGUGGGUACCAUGAGAUUGACUAUCCCAGCAAGGAGCAUAAUGCCAUCCUUGAACGUAGUUACCAUGGGGACUGUGACUCAGAGCGUAUCAAGGCCCUGGACCCCCAUCGGCGGCACCGAGGCAGCAAAGAAAGCCGCAGUGGGUCACCCCGUACCACUGAUGUUGACCGGGAACACCGCCGGCAUCGGACUCAUCGACGGGCCCCAGAUGAGGGAGGGGGUGAGGAGGGUAACAAAGCAGAGCGCCGGCCUCGGCACCGUGACGGAAGCAGACCAACACGGGGAGAUGUGGAGGGGGAGCAUCCUGAUGGAGAAAGACGGCGGCGACACCGGCAUACUGCACAGUCUACUUAUGAUGCUGAUGGCAAGGAACGCCGGCACCGGCGCCGGAAAGAGAAUCAAGGCCCUGGCCUCCCACCUGGACCAAACCUAUCCACCACACGGCCAAUCCAACAGGAUAUGGGGCGCUUGGAGCCUCCAGUGGCAGAGGACAUUGACAAUAUAAAGAACAAUAAACUGGCAACCAAUGAGACCUCAAACUCACAUCCCAUCAGUCAUCCUCAGAAUCCUACCAAAGGUGGUAGCCACUUAAAUUCCACACCAAGCCGACCUCCCCACAAUCCUCCUGUUCCUUUGGACCCGCCACUCCCCAACUCUCAGAACUCUGCCAGUCGCCGAACCCCCAAUAACCCUUCUAAUCCAGCCAGUCCUGGGCCCCCUAAAAAUCCUGAAAACAGUCUCAUUGUCACCAAUCCCACCACCCAGAACAAUCCACCCAAAACUGCCAAGAAACCAGAGCACACUGUGGUGGAGGUGCCACCCACCUUCCCACCACCCAUCAACAAUGCUAUCAUGCAAGUUAAUAAAAAUGCCAACCCUGAACCUCUGCCUAAGAAGGAAGAAGAGAAGAAAGAGGAAGAAGAAGAUGAUGAGGGAGAGAAUGGCCCCAAACCCAUGCCACCAUAUAGCUCUAUGUUCAUCCUCUCAACCACAAACCCAUUUCGGCGACUUUGUCAUUACAUCGUCAAUCUACGCUACUUCGAGAUCUGUAUACUGAUGGUGAUUGCCAUGAGCAGCAUUGCAUUGGCUGCUGAAGACCCUGUGCAGCCCCGUGCGCCUCGUAACAAUGUUCUUCGUUACUUUGACUAUGUCUUCACAGGUGUUUUCACCUUUGAAAUGGUUGUUAAGAUGAUUGACUUAGGACUGAUCCUGCAUCGAGGCUCUUAUUUUCGGGACCUGUGGAACAUCUUGGAUUUCAUUGUAGUCAGUGGAGCAUUGGUGGCAUUUGCUUUCACAGGCAGUAAAGGGAAAGACAUCAACACCAUCAAAUCCUUGCGUGUUCUGCGUGUCCUCAGACCUCUCAAAACAAUCAAGCGAUUGCCAAAGCUCAAGGCUGUCUUUGACUGUGUGGUAAACUCACUCAAAAAUGUCCUCAACAUACUCAUUGUAUAUAUGCUGUUCAUGUUCAUCUUCGCUGUGGUGGCUGUUCAGCUCUUUAAGGGCAAGUUCUUCUACUGCACUGAUGAGUCGAAGGAGUUUGAAAAGGAUUGCAGGGGAGAAUAUUUAGUCUACGAGAAGAACAAUGAAGUGAAGGCUGAGAAACGAGAGUGGAAGAAAUAUGAUUUCCAUUAUGACAACGUGUUGUGGGCGCUCCUUACUCUCUUCACCGUGUCUACAGGAGAAGGUUGGCCAGAUGUCCUCAAGCACUCGGUGGAUGCUACAUAUGAGAAUCAGGGCCCCAGCCCUGGUUAUCGCAUGGAGAUGUCCAUCUUCUAUGUGGUCUACUUUGUGGUCUUCCCAUUUUUCUUUGUCAACAUUUUUGUGGCCUUAAUCAUCAUCACCUUCCAGGAGCAGGGGGACAAGAUGAUGGAGGAGUACAGCCUGGAGAAGAAUGAGCGAGCCUGCAUUGACUUUGCCAUCAGCGCCAAGCCGCUCACCCGGCACAUGCCUCAGAACAAACAAAGUUUUCAGUACCGUAUGUGGCAGUUUGUGGUUUCCCCACCCUUUGAAUACACCAUUAUGGCCAUGAUUGCCCUAAACACCAUUGUCUUAAUGAUGAAAUUCUACAAUGCCACAACCGUGUACGAUCAUUUACUAAAGACGUUCAACAUGGUCUUCACUGCCCUGUUCUCUUUGGAGUGUAUCCUGAAAAUCAUUGCCUUUGGAUUGUUGAAUUAUUUCCGUGAUGCCUGGAAUAUCUUUGAUUUUGUCACAGUUCUGGGUAGCAUCACAGACAUCUUAGUGACAGAGUUUGGGAACAACUUCAUCAAUCUGAGUUUCCUUAGGCUGUUCCGAGCAGCCCGCCUCAUAAAGCUGCUCCGACAAGGCUACACCAUCCGCAUCCUGCUCUGGACCUUUGUCCAGUCCUUUAAGGCCCUUCCAUAUGUGUGUCUGCUGAUUGCAAUGCUGUUUUUCAUCUAUGCCAUUAUUGGAAUGCAGGUGUUUGGUAACAUUAGUAUUGAUAUUGAUGAGGAUACGCCUGAGGACGACAAACCUGCGAUCACAGAACACAACAAUUUUCGCACAUUUUUUCAAGCCCUAAUGCUUCUUUUUAGGAGUGCCACUGGUGAGGCUUGGCAUGAAAUCAUGCUUUCCUGCCUGGCUGGGAGGCCUUGUGAUGUGAAAGCAGAUCUUGAUGGCAAUGAGUGUGGCAAUGAAUUUGCAUACUUCUACUUUGUUUCUUUCAUCUUCCUAUGUUCAUUCCUGAUGUUGAACCUUUUUGUGGCUGUCAUCAUGGAUAAUUUUGAAUAUCUGACCCGUGACUCCUCCAUUUUGGGGCCCCACCACUUGGAUGAGUAUGUUCGUGUGUGGGCUGAGUAUGACCCUGCUGCCUGUGGCCGAAUUCAUUAUAAGGAUAUGUACAGUUUAUUACGUGUAAUAUCUCCCCCCCUGGGCUUAGGCAAGAAAUGCCCUCAUAGGGUUGCUUGCAAGAGAUUACUUCGUAUGGACCUGCCUGUGGCAGAUGAUAAUACAGUCCAUUUCAAUUCCACUCUCAUGGCAUUGAUCCGGACUGCACUUGACAUCAAGAUUGCCAAAGGAGGAGCUGACAAACAGCAGAUGGAUUCAGAGCUGAGGAAGGAGAUGAUGGCAAUCUGGCCCAACCUGUCCCAGAAAACGCUGGAUCUCUUGGUAACUCCUCAUAAAUCUACCGACCUGACCGUGGGCAAAAUCUAUGCAGCCAUGAUGAUCAUGGAAUAUUACCGCCAAAGUAAGGCUAAGAAGUUGCAGGCUUUGCAGGAGGAGCAGAAUCGGACACCCCUUAUGUUUCAGCGUAUGGAGCCACCAUCCCCUACCCAGGAAGAUGUCCAAGGGCAAAAUGCUCUUCCUUCCUCACAGCUGGAUCAAGGAGUUGGAAUGGGCAUGCAGGAAGGGGGAAUGAAACCAAGCGAGUCAUGGGUCACACAAAGAGCACAGGAGAUGUUUCAGAAGACAGGAACGUGGAGUCCAGAGCGAGGGCGCCCGGACGAGAUACCCAAUAGCCGGACCAAUUCCCAGUCUGUAGAGAUGCGGGAGAUGGUGAAGGAUGGCUACUCAGACAGUGAUCAGUAUCUGCCAAUGGAAGGCCAUGGACGGGCGGCCUCCAUGCCACGGCUGCCUGCUGAAAACCAGAGGAGGAAGGCGCGACCGCGAGGGAAUAAUCUCAGUACUAUCACAGAUGCAAGCCCAAUGAAACGUUCUGCCUCCAUGUUGGGCCACCCACGAUCCAAAGGCAUGCGCUUGGAUGACUACUCUCUAGAAAGAGUAAUUCCAGAAGAGAACCAACGGCAUCACCGGCGGAGGGAGCGGAGCCACCGGACAUCAGAACGUUCUCUUAGUCGAUAUACAGAUGUGGACACAGGGCUUGGCACAGACCUCAGUAUGACCACACAGUCGGGCGACCUACCUCCCAAAGAAAGAGACCAAGAAAGAGGCAGGCCAAAGGACCGGAAACACCAUCACCACCAUCAUCAUCACCACCACCACCACACAUCUUCUGACAAGGAACGGUAUUCACAAGAGAGGCAUGAAUAUGGCCGGCCUCGUUCCAGAGAUCGACGUUGGUCCCGCUCACCCAGUGAGGGCCGAGACCACAUGCCUCACAGGCAGGGCAGUAGUUCCGUCAGCGGGAGCCCGGUCCUCUCCACGUCCGGCACCAGCACCCCGAGGCGAGGGCGCCGCCAGCUCCCGCAGACCCCCUCCACGCCCCGGCCCCACGUCUCCUACUCGCCCGUGGUCCGUAAAGGGGGCGCGGGGACGACGGCGGCGGCGCAGCAGCAGCAGCAGCAGCAGGCGGCGCAGAUCCAGCAGCAGCAGCAGCCGCAGCCUCCUCCGCCCUCGGGCCGCACGGGGAGCCCCUCGGCGCGGCGCUACCCCGAGCACCAGGCCCCGCCGCCUCUCCACCACCACGCCCACACCCACGCCGCCCACCACCACGCGGUCUCGGAGCGCCGCAGCCGCUCGCCGGCCCUGGAGCGCCACACCGUCCCGCCCAGGAACGACUCCCCGCGCCGCGCCUACCGCCACGCCAGCAGCCGGUGGUCGGCGCCGCACGUCCCCGCCGCUGAGCCCCGCCACGGAGGAUACUACCGGAGCCCGGACUACGCCGGGGAGGACGCCUUCCCUUACGAGCACGGCGGGCGGGCGCCCAGGACUUCCCGGGCAGGAGGAGGAGGCGGCGGCGGAGGAGGAGGAGGAGGGGGUUCCCCGUCGGUGUCCCCGUCGCGCCACGGGCGGCGCCUCCCCAACGGUUACUACCCCUCGCACCACGGACCCGCCAAGUUGCGCGGGAGCGGCGCCUCCCGCAAAGCCCUGCACGAACCUUCCUACAGCGAAACGGACGAGGACGACUGCUGCUAACUGACCUCUUGGCGGGAGGGAGAGGAAGGAGGGAAGGGGAGGGGGAGAGGAGGGGCCCACCUCCCCCACCGCCACGCGCGCGCGCAAGGCACCCACACACACCCAGACACACACCCACACAGACACACCUCCCUCGGGCCCGGUCUCGAGGAGGAGGAGGAGGACCCGCGCAAGGAAGGAGGGAAGAGGAUUGCCUAUGAGGCUGAUAAUGGGAAGCAACUGUUCACCUUUGGUUUGUUUACAUGUUUGUUGGGCAGGGCCUGGGCGACCUGAGCGUCCCUUGUCUUGCCUUCUACAGCCAGCUUGGGCCCUCCCUCCAGUUGUUUUGGACUGUAAUUCCCGCCAUUCCUCACAGCCUCAGGCCCCUUCCUUUUCCCCCUCAGCCGCUUAAGCGAGGAGAAGGAAUAGGAGACGCUUAAGCGGCUGAGAGGGGAAAGGAAGGGGCCGGAGGCUGUGAGGAAUGGCGGGAAUUGCAGUCCAAAACACCUGGAGGGAGGGCCCAAGCUGGCCCAUGCCUGUUCCACAGAGUGGAGGGCGCCUCUCUGAAGUUGGGAAUGGGACAGCCUCGCCGUCGGUCAGGCUUCUGCCUCGGAGGGAAUGACCCAGGCAGGCAGGAAGCAGGCUGUUGACCAGGGCGGGAAAAAGUAAAACAAAGUCUUUUUUAAAAAAUGUAAAAACAAAACAAAAAAGACCAACCAAUUAAUAGUAUUUUUUUUCCUUGGGCUUCUAUUGAUGAGUUUUAUCAUCUCAAUUUACCUGGUCAACUUUAAAAAAAAAGUUUUGUGGCCUGAGGUUUCCCAGAGGGACAAACAACACGCACGCAGACACACACCACACACAGAGAGACAUGAGCGCGCGCACACAGACACACACACAGACACAAAAGAGUGCUUGCUGGUUAUACCAAACCCUAAUAUUACUGCCUGCAGAGAUAAGAAAAAAAAGAAACCAUAAAACUAAACAGAAAAAAACAAAAAACGGACAAAACGAUUGAUUAAAAAAAGAAGCAUUUUCUUCCAACAUUUUGGUCCUGCUUGAAAAAGAUGAAAAAAAAAAAAGAAAUUCCAUCAGAAAAAAAUUAAUAAACUCCUCAGCUUCUUUAUUUUUUUUCCUACUUGUUUGAAAAAAAAAUGAAAAAAAACCUGUGGGAUUGGGACUGUGAAAUAUUGCAUGAAACAAAGUAAAAAGACAAAUGAUGAAAAAAAAAUUAAAAAAAACAAAAAAAACAAAAAUAUUAAAAAAUGAAUUUUUGAUUGA